GGGGAAAGCGAGCCGCCACAAAUACCACGGAAGAUACCGCUGUAUCGCGUGCGACAGAUGCACCAGUCGCUACGAUUGCUGAGCCAGCGGCAGACCCAUCUGCAAAGUCGGGGAUGCAGACCCGCAAACGAGUGCUGCCGUCGCGUUCGCGGAGGGGUGGGCCAGGAGUUGGGAACUGUGACGUGGACGUCAUGAUCCUUGAGACGAGACGUAGACAAUUCGAGAGCGAACCACUCAUCCCGCCGAAUACCAGGUUCCUGCUAACGACCAACCUCGCACUCCUACCCUCCACUUCUAGCGAAGGAUUAGCAGACAUUGAGCUCAACACGCAGGCGUAUGGACGGUACUUCGACCGGCCGGAAGUUCAACAGGCGUGUCGCGAGCAGGCACUCAUUCAGACUCCGGAGUUCACCCAGCUCUCGGAUGACGCUCUUGUCGGAGGUCGGUUUCGGCCACGGAAUUCAGACGAGGAGCUUGUGGAUACUUCUGACGCCGCAUACGAGAAACGACACCGCAAGUAUGAAACAUUCGAGAAGCGCCAGCGGCUGAGGGAGAAGGAGAAGCUCAAGCACGAGCAGUACAAAUUGAGAGAGCGUAUCGAGCAACUACGUGCAAUGGAGGCGGCCGCGUUUUUCGCGCUGCCUGCAUCAAACUUCUCCGAGCCGUCGGGCACUGCGCACGAGAGCACAUUCGACGAGGACCUUGGCGAGCUCCCUGGAACGCAUGUCAACGGCGCCGCCGCGUACAACGAGGGUGAACGCCGCCGAAGGGAGAUGCUCGAUGUUGCGGAGGCCCUCGAGGAGAGGUACCGGGUGCUCUUACCCCCUGACCGCAAGUGGCUGGAGAAGAAGGAAAGGAUGAAGCGCGAGCGUGCAAGUGCAAGUGGGAGCAUCUCCGUCGAGCCCGAGCGCCGCAGGGCGACGCCUCAUGAGGUCGACUCCGAGGAAGAAGACGAGCUCGAGUCUUCUGUUUCUGCGCCGUUACUCCGGCACACGCGCGAGAGCAACGGCGGGUCAGAACUAGACUUCGAAACGGGAGAUCACAAACGGUCGAAGAAGCUCAAGCUACGCAUACCGCCGCGCCUGCCACUUAGCGAGCUUUCGAUAACUCCUGCGAAGAAGCCGCAUCAUAACUCGAGCACAAUGCUCAUCGCCAGCCAGAAUGGCCAAUCCGCCAUUCGUGCAGCGGAUGGCCGAUUCCUAUCCAAAGCAAAACGCUAUCGAAGUCCACCGCGUAAACGCCUUAGGAUGUCCAAUGUCAUCGCAGACCCUGCAAGCUCUCCUGCCAAACACUCGGUUACCAGCACCGAGAGCGGGAGUGGUCGCAAUCGUCAACCUUGCGUACUCAUGCUUUCUGCCAUACGCGACUCUGCAACCCAGAAAAACCGCAAAACUCAGCGGCAUGUCACAGCCUUUGGUGUUCGAGUUCCUCCAGAGAUCGAGGCGAUUCGAGACUUCGAAAUCCCUCCAUGGGUAGAAGAAGACUACGAGGAGGAUGAGCUAGCAGGAGACGAAAGCUACGCGGAAUACACAGCUAGCGAUGAUGAUGCGGCCUCCGGACAUUCGCAUGGAAACGAGUUCGAAGAGAUUGAGUGGGACGAGGACACGAAGGAAGAUAUCCCCGAGAUCGAACUACUCGAUGAUUGAACCCAAGCGUCACAGAUGCCUGCUAGCUUUCCGAUAGCCUAUUAUUCGCGUAACAGUAGACCAGCGUAUGUAUCCGUAUUACGAGCUUUGUUAUCAGUACUCUAUGGCGCGUUUGUGCCAGGUGUGAUCGCCCGCGGGACACCAGUGAGAUUGCUCACGAUCGCAAGCGCAUUUAGUCUUUGGUCGAGGGGAGCGGCGGAGACCCUUGACAAGGCGAGAUGAGCAUAGCCAACAGGGCCCAGCUUCUUCAGCGUGUCCCCAGGUGUGGAAACGAGCGCUUGCGGCAGAUAACGAGAAUACUCGCCGGCGGUCUCCUCCAGCAUGCGUUGAGUGCGCGUAGACGAGGGUGAUGCCGCGGAAAAGGUGAGUGGGACGACUUGGUGUGUAGCCGGCGAUGAAACGUCGAACAGAGUCUUGAGGUCCGUCCCCUGUACGAUUCUCUCAACUACCACUUUCUUCGCCUUCUCGCCCCUUGCGUUUGUGGCAUUGUUCGCCCUGGCCUCAGCACCCUCCGCCGUACCUUCCGCCGCGAACUCCUUCUCACCCCGACGACGCCGGUCCGCGAGCUGCGGAGGCGUGGCGAGUUUGACUUGCGAUGACCGGAGGUUGCCGGGCUUGUGUUUAGGGAUCCAUUGUUCUUUAGUGCGUGCAAUCUCUUGCGCACGCUUGUUCAUGAGGCUUGAUGAGAGGCUACCGCGACCAGAGAAUUCUGCCUGGCUCAUACCAAGGGGACUAUGGCCCCGUUGUUGAACAAUAGUGUCGCGUUCGGGGAUGGCCAAGUCACCGAAAGCAUUGGCGAGAGGAAUUCUCGAUUUUCGGAUAGGCUGAGCUGGAGCAACUUGCGAAACCGCCGGCUCGGUCGUCUCGGUAACAGCAGCAGUAGUGUUCGUCCGAACGGCGGUCAGAGCCCCGACCGUAGAUCGCGCGUUGGCUCUGCAAGACUGCAAAGUCGUUCUGCUGAGCACCAUCACAGGUAGUGGC